UGUGUGUGUGUGUGUGUGUGUGUCGGGGUGGGGUAUGGCACACAGCUUCCUCUGGUGUCACUGUAAAUCCGCAGUGGAGGGUUGACAGCUUGUUGCUUUCUUUUUAGAGGUAAGAGUGUGACUGGACUAGAGAUGGCUCUGCUAAUGGAGCACCAGUUCAGACAGCUGCCAGCUGACAGACAGGUGGAAACUAGACCGUUUCUGGAGGCUGUGUCAUACCUUCCACCGUUUUUUGACUGUCUUGGCUCUACUAUUUUUGCACCAAUAAAGGCAGAUAUAUCUGGUAACAUCACAAAAAUCAAGGCGGUUUUCGAUACCAACCCAGUGCGGUUCAAGACACUCCAGCAUAUUGUGGAGGCAGAAAAGGAAAUGCAUGGAGCCGAAUGGCCCAAAGCUGGAGCAACGUUGGCACUUAUGUGGCUAAAAAGGGGUCUACGAUUUAUUCAAGUGUUCCUACAGAGCCUAGCGGAUGGUGAAAAGGAUGAUAGCAACCCAAACCUCAUUCGAGUCAAUGUCACCAAGGCCUAUGAAAUAGCCCUGAAAAGAUAUCAUGGCUGGUUCGUGCAACAGCUCUUCAAGGCAGCUCUUUUUGCUGCUCCAUAUAAGACGGAUUUCUUGAAGGCCCUCUCCAAGGGUCGGGAUGUCAAGGAAGAGGAAUGCUUGGAAAAAAUACGAAAAUUUCUCAUCAACUUCACUCCCACUGUUGAUGCUAUUUAUGAGAUGUACAAUAAGCUGCAUGCUGAGCUUGAUUAUACAGUGUGACUGCAAGAAGUUCCUCUUUCCUCCACUGAUUCACUUACAAAGUACAAAGUCAUUUACAUUCUGCACUCUACAUUUUGACAUGGUUCCCUUCAGGUCAUCUUACAGCUCACUGUGGGAGCGUAUUUUUAAUACUCUGUCUUUACACAUCAAGUAUUUGUGUCAUCUGCGUGCCUGUUCUGGCUUUCUCAUUACGCCUUUUCCUCACUGUUCUUUGACUCUGAGGAAAUUUUCCCAAAGCAGUUGUAGAUUUACACUCAGUAUUUCUUUGUUCUCUAUUUUAAGUCAUGAAAACUAUGAUAAUGAUAUUAGUACAGAUUUGUAUGUGUGUGAUCAUGAGAUAAUUAUACCAAGAAUGAAAAUGCUACUCAACAUAUGUUUUGGAACUAGGACUUUUCCAGAACUUAAAACGCUUAAAAAGCUUUAAGUAAGUGAGUAAGGUGUCCGAUGUUGAGAGAUUGAAUGAGCCACAUCCCUAUCAACGCUAAUUGUAAUACCACAAUGUUACAUUUGCUGUAAUCCUUCACACCUUUUGUAGUGAUUUAAAAUGUCUUAAAUUUGAAAUGUUAUUGUUAUAUAUCCCGAGAUAAGAAAAGGGCUGCAUUUACUUUUAAUAAUACAAAAAUUUGAAAAAUGACU